AUGUCUUCUACCGUCUGCCAUGGCAUGCACAACGGCAUCAUCCAGAACAUCCAAGCCGACCUCGCCUGCGGCGUCACCAACUCCACCCACCCCCAUGUAACCUGCUGCGUCAACGGCGACUACUGUCUCAGCAACUCCAUCUGCGUCAACACCCACCUAGCCGACAACAAGGAUUACUAUUAUGCAGCCGACUGCACGGAUGAGACCCUCAUGGAUCCGGCCUGCGGGACGCGAUGCGGCGGCCGCAACAAUGCGCGCAUCACCUACACAGAAGCAGGCCUCUGGGCAUGCUGCGAGAACUCUUCUGGGACGGUGAACUGCUCCAACCCGUCGGACGAGAUGUGGGCCGGCCCUGCGCCGACGAAGCUCGCGACCAUCCAGUACCUUCCGUCCACAGCCUCCGGCACGCCCACCUACGCGGUCGCAACGGCCACCUCCACCGUCACAUCGGCCACCAGUACAGCAGAAGCAUCGGCGCAAUCGCAUACGGGAAGCUCAUCGGGCCUUGGGGCCGGGGCGGCCGCUGGGAUUGGGGUGGGGACGGCGGCGGGGGUGAUUGCCGUCGCCGCGGUUGUUGCGUUUCUGUGCUUGCGGAGGCGGAGGUCAGUUUCGCCGGAUGGCGUGCACGGGUAUAAUGGGCUUCACAAUGAGGGGUGGACGCCGCAGCCGACGGAAAUGCAGGCGCGGCCGAUUUAUGAGCUUGCGCGGGAGGGGCCACAUGUUGAGCUGGAUGCGCAGCAGCCCAAGUCGGUAUAG